AUGUCAACCCGCGUCUCCAAUGCCUCCCAACCCUCGGGCGCGGAGGUCCGCAGGCUAACGGUCAACCCCGCCCCAUGCAGGGUCCAACGCUGUGGAAUUUGGCGAGCCCCUCCACCGUCGUCGCCGCCGCAGAGCCGCACCUCAGCAAAUUCCCACCAGCGUCGAAUCCAGCCCCCUGCAUCCAGCAUGAUACGCGCACCCUCGCCCUCGCCAGGCCCCGCCUUCCUCCCCGCGGGCAACGCGCCGCCGACGCCCCCGCACGCCGACCCCCUCGACGACAUUUACGGCUCGUCCCCGGACGCAUCCCCCACCCUCGCUGCCCAGCGCGACGACGAGAUGCUCUCGGACCUGCCGUCGCGCCAGCGCAACCUCGACACGGACGCGUACCGCGAGGGGCUCUCGGCCGCAAAGGGCAAAUUCGUGCAGGAGGGCUUCGACGAGGGGUUCUCGCUAGGCGCGGAGAUCGGGCUGCUUGUGGGCCGCGUGCUGGGUGUCUUGCAGGGCGUUACUGCUGCGCUCAGAGGACACGACGAGGGGAGAUGGGAGGAGGCGCAAGCUCUACUGGAGCGCGCGAGGGGCGAGUUGGCGAUUGAGAGUGUGUUGGGGAGGGAGUGGGUUGAUGAGGAGGGGGUGUUCACGUGGGACGUUGAGGGGCAUGUCGAGGGAGAGGGGGAGGUCACGUUCCAGGAAGUCGCGAGAUGUCACCCUGUUGUUAAGCAGUGGUUGGGCACUCUGGAGGACCUGGCGAGGAGGUGGAGGGUGGAUUUGGAGGCUGUGGAAAAGGCGAGGGGCGAUGGCACGGAGGUGGAAGAGAUCCAGACCCACAAUGUCGUGCCCAGACUGCUCACCCCGACUUCGCUGCGCUCACCACGGCUCCAGCCGUCCCUCGUGCGCUACGUCCAGUCGCACGGCUUCCAACCCGCGCGCCCCAUCAACCCGGCCGACCUCCCCAAGCCGCGAGUCCGCACGACCAAGCCCCCGUUCCGCAGGAGAAGAUGGGUGCGCCGCCUGUUCGUCUUGUCUGCGCUGGUCGGCACCGGGUACGUGCUCGACAAGCAGUUCAACGCCUCGGCCCUGACGCGCAGCUUCCGCACCUUCAAGACGGGGCUCGUCAUAGGCCUGGACUACAAGAUCAACUUCCGCGCACACCCUCCGCUGGUGAACAGCAUCGAGGAGCUGCAUGCACGCAACGCGACGCGCGUAUUCGACCUGCUGCGGCACAAUGGCGGGCUGUACCUGAAGAUCGGGCAGGCCAUUGCCAUGCAGAGCGCCGUGCUGCCGCCGCAAUUCCAGAAGAUGUUCUCCAAGAUGUUCGACGAUGCGCCGCAGAACGACUGGGCCGAGGUGGAGAGGGUGGUGCGCGAGGACUUUGGCAAGAGCGUCGAGGACGUCUUCGGCGUGAGCUUCGCCGGCGAGCAGGGCAAGGGCAUCAUGGAGCAGACGGCACGCGCGAGCGCGAGCGUGGCGCAGGUGCAUUGGGCGAGGCUCGCUGAUGGCCGCGAGGUCGCCAUCAAGGUCCAGAAGAGAGAGAUUGCAGACCAGGUCGGCUGGGAUCUGUGGGCGUUCAAGGUUGUGGCCAAGACGUAUACCUGGUGGUUUGGGAUUCCUCUGUACACCCUGGUACCGUACAUCACGGAGCGCCUGAUGCUGGAGACGGACUUCCAGAACGAGGCGGACAAUGCAGAGCAGAUGCGCGAGUUGGUCGCUGGCGAGAAGCGCUUGAACGGGCGGGUCUACAUCCCCAAGGUCUACAGAGAACUCUCCAGCAAGCGCGUCAUGACGGCAGAAUGGAUAGAGGGCGUGCGACUCUGGGACAAAGAAGGCAUACAGAACAACUGGCAGGGCAGCUUUCGGCAGGGCAGCCCGGGAGCAGGCGGCACAAAUCUGCCACCCCUGCCCAGCGACAGGUCUAACAUCGACGCAUCUGUCCCGGAGGACGCUCCCAAGCACACGCUCUACAAGCCCAAUCGCAAACAGUGGAAAGGCAAAGACGGCAACGGUGGCCUCGGCGUCUCCCUCAAGACAACCAUGAACACCAUCGUCGACCUCUUCAGCGCACAGAUGUUCCUCUGGGGCGUCGUCCACUGUGAUCCCCACCCCGGCAACAUCUUCAUCCGCCGCCUCCCCAACGGCCACCCCGAAGUCGUCCUCAUCGACCACGGCCUUUAUAUCCAAAUGUCCCCGCACUUUCGCCACCAAUACGCCCUCUUCUGGAAGUCCCUAAUGGCCUUCGACAACGACACCAUCAAAGAAAUCGUCACCAGCUGGGGCGUCAACAACCCGGACAUCUUCGCCUCGGCAACGCUCAUGCGCCCCUACGAGGGCGGUGACAAGCACACCCUCAACGAGCUCAAGAAAGGCGGCAGCGGCAAAGAUCAAGCCGAGCGCGCCUUCGAAAUGCAGAGCAAAGCCCGUGACGGCAUCAAGCAGAUCCUCGGCGAUGAGUCCAAGUGGCCCCGCGAGCUCAUCUUCAUCGGCCGCAAUCUGCGCAUCGUACAGGGCAACAAUCAGUUCCUGGGGAGUCCGGUCAAUCGUAUCAAGAUUACGGGGCUGUGGGCGAGCCGCGCGCUCACCGAGAGCAAGGACCUUAGCACGGGUCAGCGAUGGAGCAAUUGGGUCAAGCAUCUGAGAUUUAGGCUUGUGCUGUUGUUGAGCGAUGCGUACUUUACGUGGAGUAAAGUAAAGCAGGCAAUUGGGGUGGGGAGGGGCAUGGAGGAGGAUAUUGAGGCGCAUAUGAGAGUUAUGGCCAAGGACUUCGGUGUUGAUUUGCAGCAUGGGGUGUUUGAGGGGUAG